GCCAGCGAGAAGAUACCCGCAGAUCCUGCCACCGACACAGACCAAGAUGCUUCCCAUAAUGCUGCUGGCUGCGUUCGUGCUCCCCCUGACACUGGUCGAUUCCCAACAGUAUGACGAGAAUAGGUGUGAUAUCAACCAGCAGUACUACGAGUGCAAGCCUUGUACUGACGGUUGCGAUGGCCCCAUGGCGUGCCCUAAGAUCUGCGAGCCUGGAUGCGACUGCUCACCUGGCUUUGUCCUUCAGUCUAAAGAGCCUCGUAUAUGCGUGAAAAAGGAACAAUGUAUCUAUUGUAGGGAACCUAACCAGGUUUACUCUCAGUGCUAUGGUCACUGCCCAGCAACCUGCGAUGUAAACAAAAUUUGUCUUAUGAUAUGUAAGCCUGGAUGCGUGUGCGUGGAAGGCAUGGUCCUUCAUAAUGGCAAAUGCAUCCCGCUUUCAGAAUGUCCUAAAACGGGUCAACAAUAUAACAACUAAACUGUUGUCUGCACCCGAAUCGCAACAACAGCGGUUUGGCCAACCUUCUGCUCUUCCUCGGUUGCUUGGGUUUUAUGGGAUCAGCUGGGGAUGAUAUCGGUGUUAGGAAAUCGCUUGUCAUACCCAACCAAAAAUGAUCAAUUUAAGGCUGUACGGUGCUUUUCAAUAUUUUUUUUAAUUAAAAGUGUGAUUGUAAG